GGCUGGCUUUGGAAUGGCAAGCGUUUUAUUUUGCUCCUCCCUUUUCAGGCUCCAUGUGAAUAAGCUAAACCAGAAAUACAGGUAGAGAAAGAGGUGGAGGAUGUAGAAAGGCAAACACACUGAGAAGACAGAAGAAAAAAACAACUCGAACCCAAAAGCUGAGGAAAGUGACUCUUUGAGGGAUCCUGGAGUGGCUGAUAUUCUUUCCAGUGUGAAAAUGGAAGAAACUGAGGUGGACAUUGAUACUCUAAUUGACGAGAUGGAUUAUAUUCCUGGCCACUUUCACUUAGAUAUGAACUUGAAUUUUGAGUCCUCUUCACCUCUGAAUUUCCAAGGGAGAGACUUGAAGCUGAAACGAGAGAGCCUAACCUAUGAGUUAGAGUUUGAAACCGGCUCACAGCAAUAUGCCAUCAGAAACCUCCUUGGGGUCUUUUCUUUCUACUUGGAAGAAGUGGAGCAAGCGAAGGAGAUUUUCCUCUACAUCUCUCAGGAGGACCCUGAGAAUCUGAAUACUUGGGCCAACCUGGCCUAUGUGUAUGACAGGCUGGACAAUGAGCAAGAAGAAGCUAUAUGCACCAAAAGACUUUCUGACUUAAUGGGCUUGGAUUCAGAAGACAAGCCACAAGGAGAUCCCCAACUCAGAGCAGCCCGUUGCUUGGCCGAGCAGGGCUACGCUUAUGCCUUUGACGUUGGGCUGGUGAAUGAAGUUGAAAAGAUGGAGAAACUAACUGCAGGCCUCGCUCUCUAUGGCAAAGCUCUUGCUUAUGGGAAGCAGAUCCCUUUGGAAGAGAAACGAAACUGGUAUUUCACCAUGGCCACACUGCACAUCAGAUUGGAUGGGAUGUGGAUGAACAAGGGCAAUGAUGAGGAAAAAAGGCUGCCAGCCUUCAACAGAACCUUGGUUUUGCUUCAGCAAGUCCUGAAGUCCUCUAAUCUACAUUAUACAGCCCUGGCCUGGUGCUAUCUCGGGAUAUUGUUAGAAAGGAAAGAAUCAUUCUCAACAACUCCCAUGGGAAUUCAUGACUGCGGUUACUCUGGGACGGAUCCCCUUGACUGCUUUGGGAAAGCAAUAGCAAUAGCUAAAGAUAAUCCACUUGUUCUAAACCGCCUGGCAAAAAUCUUCCACUUCCUUGGUAAGCAAGAGAUGGCAAUGGCAGUCUGCAACAUGGCCUUAGAUGCGCUGCCAGACCCAGUACUUAACUGGCAGGCAUAUUGCAUGCGCGCCAAGAUGCUAAUUAAACUGUAUUUGCGUGACUUGGAACGUGUAAAGAUGGGCCUGGGAGGAAUGCCAGACCAGAGAAAUCUCUCUGAUGCCAAAGCUGAUCUUGAGAAUGUCAUGAGGGUACAUCCAUGUCUGAAGACUUACCUUGACCUUGGCCAGGUACAUUAUUACAUGGGAGUAGAUGCUAUGCAGGAACUUUUACUUGUGGAUGAAAAUGCCCUGAACAAUGCCCUUGUGUUCUUUGCUAAAGCAAUGGAAUUAGACCUGGGGAAUGUCUUACCUGAAAUCCAGCUGCUGAGGGGAAAAUGCCUUCGGAUAAAAAACGAAGAGCUGAAUGCCAUUGACUGCUUCAAGCAGGCAAUAGAGCUGGAUGAUGCGGGUUCUGUCUGCACGGAGAGCUUCCGUUGCUUAAUGGAAAUGCUGCUUACCUUGUUCAGUCAGAAGAGGAUAAAUAUGGAGAUGCUGAUGAAGGAAGUCGAGCUGUGGGUGAAGAAGGCUGAGGAGAAAUAUCCCAAACAGCGAGUGCAACAGGAACUUAGGCUGGUGUGUCGUCAUCACACAGCUGAGGUGCUUGAACUCUCCAAAGCCAUGGUGGCCAGAGGGAAGACUGAGCUGGUGAAGUUGCUCUUUGAGACCAUGAAGUGUGACUUUAACAAAGGCAGACUGAACGAACGCUCACUCUCUUUUUGAAAUACAGUCGCUGAUUUCUUAGCCACAUUGCAUAAUAACAAAUGUUUUCACCAACUUGGCACUGUAGGGAAAUUCAGUUCUUCCCACGGUUUGGGCAAAGAGACUAUGAUGUGAUACUUUUUGCAGCACCCACCAAUUAUUAGUCUGUAAACACAUGGAGGAGCUGAUGAAUAUGGGUUGUUGAUAUUCAAAAAAUGCUGUUGUAAUAAUUCAUACACAAAUGUGGAUCCUUAAUAUUUUUUCUAAAGAAAAACAUUAAACAAGCUCCAAAAGCUCAAAAUGUUUACACUAGGUACUGUAUGUAUGUAUGCAUGGCACACAGAAGCGAGUCAACAGGAGAGGAGGAAAUAAAACACAACUUACCUGCUUCCCAGAAGAAAUUGAAGGUUAAGUGAUUUACGGCAAUACUCUGGUAAUACUGUAAGGUAUAUCAUUUGUUCUCACAUCCCUCUAUUCACUUCUUCAUCUGAGUAGUUGACCACCAACCACCAAAAUGAAAUGUGGCCAGAUACCAAUGCUAAUCUCCUCAUGUCCUUGUUCAGGGUAUAUAAAUUCACUGAAUUGGAGC